GUGUCUUCACCAAAUUCUGGAGCAGUCCUAUUCGAACUCCAACCACGACAACUAGGCGCUCCUUGGAUACAUCUCUAAGAGUUGGUAGAAGCAGGCCCUACUCAACUGUAGAAAGUAAUUAUCCAACCUACUAGAACUCGAAAUUUAGAUCCAAUUUCGUGAGGCUUCCAUCGAUACCGACGAGAUAAUGAAUUUAGUAGGCGUGAAAGUAAAUGAUGGAUCAGAUUCACCAGGUCGACAGGACGAACAAGCACUUCUCAAUGGAAAUUGGCAACCACCAGUUCUGAAUGGACCCUCGUCGAUUCCGUCUCCUGGGACGUACUAUGAACCAUUGAAAGCUUCAGAUGGCUCCUUGGUGAAGAGGAACCGAACACUACGGCCUGGUAGCUACAAGCGUUACCGCAAACGAGCUAUUUUCAAAAAUGGGGACUGCAAUGUUACUCAAGCGAAGCUAGGUGGACACCGACUAAGAUUCCUUCAGGAUCCUUUCACAACACUGGUCGACUUACAAUGGCGCUGGACUCUGCUCAUCUUCACACUAAGUUUCUUCCUGUCGUGGUUGGGAUUCGCUGUCAUUUGGUGGUUGAUCGCUAUAACUCAUUUGGAUCUGGAAGAAGCCCAUUUACCUGCACUACAAGCCGACUCUGGUUGGACCCCAUGUGUCCUGAACAUUAAGGAUUUCACUUCAUGCUUCCUAUACUCCAUUGAAACACAAACGACAAUAGGUUACGGUGUCCGGACAGUGACGGAGGAAUGUCCGGAAGCGAUUUUCAUGGUGUGUUUCCAAUCUAUAUUUGGCAUGAUGCAAACAGCCUUCAUGGUUGGUUUUGUGUUUGCGAAAAUGACCCGAGCCAAGCAGCGCACGCAAACCCUUCUCUUCUCCCGUCGGGCAGUUGUAUGCCAAAGGGAUGCCGAUCUUUAUUUAAUGUUCCGAGUCGGUGACAUGCGGAAGAGCCACAUAAUCGGAGCUAAUAUUCGUGCUCAACUUAUCAGACCAAAGACAACAAAGGAGGGUGAAGUGGCCACUAUCCAUCAGACGGAGUUGGAAGUUGGUACUGAUGACUGUGGCUCAGAUUUGCUGUUUAUUUGGCCAAUGAUCGUAACACAUAAAAUCGAUGAAAACUCGCCCUUCUACAACAUGACCGCAUACGACUUCUAUUAUGAUAAAUUCGAAAUUGUGGUGAUUCUGGAAGGCACAGUUGAAUCGACAGGACAAAGUACUCAGGCCAGGUCGAGCUAUUUGAGUAACGAGAUCCUGUGGGGCCAUCGUUUUGAUCCGGUUGUAAGUUACAAUAAGGAUAAGCAAGCAUAUGAAAUAGAUUAUUCGAGAUUUAAUGAAACCACAAUGGUAGACACACCUCUAUGCAGUGCGAAGGAACUGGAGUGUUUCAAAGGAAGCAUAGGUACUCCAGAGGAAACAACAUUUGCUGUUCGGCAACAAUCGUUCGCUCCAUCUGAAUCUUAGAUUAAAUUAGGAGGCGUAGACGUUUCACUUUCUAUUCAUUAUUAAAGGAUAUGAAAAAUCCUGCAAAUCAACUCCUGGAGCUAAUUAGUAAAGCCUAGGUUACUUAGAUGCAGAGCUUGAUAAAAAGAUUAAAAUUUAAGCAGGCGUAGAGCAAAAACGAAGCUGACUAAAUCCUGUUGAUGCUAAGUAAGUUAGUUCUAAGAAAUCGUUAUGUAACACGAGCCGUUUCGAUGUGAUAAUGUUGUCGAAUAAUCCACCACGAAAUAAUUAUUUAUUAUAA